AUGCCUUUGGCUAGAGAUUUAGUACAUCCAUCCUUGAGAGAGGAAAAGAAAAAACACAGAAGUAAGCAGCUACUUCAAAGUCCAAAUCCUCAUUUUACGGAUGUAAAAUGUCCAGGCUGUUACCAGAGUGCCACGGCCUUCAGCCACGCUCAGACGGCGGUUCUUUGUGCAGGUGAUUCAGUGGCAUUGUGCCAGCCAAUGGGAGGGAAGGUUAGAGACUCAGAAUGGUGUUCAUUUAGAGAAAGGAACACUCAUGAUCCACACAAGCCUCCUCAACUUGUAUUUGAGUCAGGGAGCAACGUCUCCAAUGCUUCUUUAUUGGUCAUUCUUGACAUACAGCAUGCGGAUAGGCACGACUAA